CAUAUAGACAGUUUGAAAAAAAAAAAUAUAAAACUGAACGACAAGCAAGCAACUAGUAACUACAGCAGUUCAGCCGCCACAUAUUCUUAUUCUAUGCAGCCGCCACUGAAUUGUUGUACGUAGGUCGUGGGUACUAGGUACAUUACACUAGUACACACUACACAGUUCCUCACCGAUUUUUUGUCGAUCCAUUAUGUGUGAGAGGUAGUCCAUUCAAUUCCUCUAGAACAUCACUAUGGGUAUCGUCAAUGGCUUUACGUUGAUUCUUUUAUUUGUCGUUUUAAAAUUUGAUGGAAUACAUUCCGUCGACACUACGAUUUGGGGACCCGGUCUCAAUCCAUUGAUUGUUUUACCAGCUCGUUACUUUUACGUCCAGUACGACCAAGAUAAAUUUAAUAUUGCAGACUUUAAUGUGUUAAUAAGUGGUAAAACAAAAAAUGGUAAUACUUGUCGCAUUUGGACAAAUAUCUUGGAUAGAAAAGAUGCAUCAUUUAUAGUACGAUACAAAUUGUAUGAAGUUUGCUAUGAAUUCAACAUAUUAGUUGAAAAUAAAAAAACACUAAAAAAGUACUGGGAUCAUUUUGACCAAGGGCCAAUUUAUCCAGACGAAUGUGACUGCUCAAAAGUAUCAAUAGAUACAUGGCUAUCAAAUACUAAAUGCAGAACUAAUAUCGAACAAAUUAAUAAUGAUCUCAAUCAAUUUAAAAAUGUAAAUUUUAAAACCGUAUUUGGGAAAAUGGCUAAAUUGUAUAGUCAACACCCACACAGCACAAGCGUAUGUCAUUAUGUUGUCAAGAAUAAUUUAAUAUUCCGAAAAUGCUAUGGAGAAUAUACAGGAUUUAAGAUGUUUAUGGAUAAUUUAUUAUUGUCAUUAAAUCGAAAGGUGUUUUUACCAGAUCUGGAGUUUUUUGUUAACUUGGGAGACUGGCCUUUAUCAUCACCUAAAGAACAAUUUCCUUUAUUUUCUUGGUGUGGCUCAAAUUAUUCUGUUGAUAUUGUGAUGCCUACCUAUGAUAUUACAGAAUCAGCACUUGAAAAUAUGGGACGGGUGACCUUAGAUAUGUUGUCAGUUCAAGGUAACAUUGAAAAACCAUGGUCACAAAAAAUUGAAAAAGGUUUUUGGAUGGGUCGUGACUCCAGCAAACAUCGGUUGAAUCUAGUGGAACUUAGUAAAAUAAAUCCAGACAUUCUCAAUGCUUCGAUAACAAAUUUCUUUUUUUACAAAGAAUUAAAAGACAAAUAUGGUCCAGGAAAAAAGCCCAUUUCUUUCUUUAAAUUCUUUGAUUACAAAUACCAAUUAAAUAUUGAUGGUACUGUAGCUGCUUAUCGAUUUCCAUAUCUAUUAGUGGGUGAUUCAUUGGUUUUCAAACAAGAAUCCGAGUACUACGAACAUUUUUACAAUGAACUGAUACCAUGGGUUCAUUAUGUCCCAAUAAAAAGACAUUUAGAUGAUUUGCUAGAUUUGAUAGAUAUUAUGAUGAGCGAUGACAAGACAGCAAGAAAAAUAUCAUUAAACGGUCAAAAAUAUGCAAGAGAACAUUUAGCGCCUCAUAACAUAUUGGGAUAUUACUUACUAUUAUUUCAGAACUAUAGCAAAUUUUUGACCUCAGUAGAAGUCCGUUCCAAUAUGGAUGCAGUGAUAAGUACUCAAAACAGUCCUAACAAAAUAGCUUGUGAAUGCGAACCUGAACCUGAACCUUCCAUGACAAAUAUUAAGAUGGAGCUUUAAAUUUAAGUCAUAAUUAAUCAUUAAUUCCUUUACAGUAAAAAAUUAUUGAUGUAUAAUUUGUUUUUUUAUCCAUUUUGAAAACAAUAUUUGGAAAUGGAUUAUAUUAGAAAUUUAACACAUAAUUACAUUUUAUAUAUUAGCAGAUAACCAUAUUAGUAACUAAAUGUCUGAUAAUUGAUUCUGUUUGAAUGUGUGAUUGUAGUUUAUUGUUUAUUAUGUAUCUCAUUUAUUAAUAACCAGUCUCCUAAUUUUAUUAUAUUGAAUCUCAUUAAAUAUUUAUUCUUGCCUACUUAUUGAAAGAGCUUAUUAUGGUUUGUAAGGAAUCAGUAUAGGUUAUUAUUUUUUUAAUUUUAUAUUAUACUAUACUGAAUUAUUUAUUAUGUUUAAUUAUUCAAGAGCUACUUUAUUUAAUAACUC